GGGGCAAAAUGAGAAAUCUGAAAGGAGGUUGUGUUGUUGCCUCGAAGACGAAGUCAUAAUAAUCUAAAAAUGUCUUGGUGAGGUUUUCCGCAGCCUACUUAAACUGUGUAUGUUUAAUUCGAUUUACCGAGUAACAUCAAAGUAUUUGUGCAGAUUAAAGAUAAGACAACACUUAUUUCAAGGAUAAUCUUCUGAAGAAAAAGGCGAUUAAGCAUUCAAUGGGCAAAAUUUAACCCGUGAAUGCUAAAUAGCAAAGCUCACGGCUUCGCCAUGACAAGAACAGCAGUGUUGUUGAAUGUUUAUGACAUGUAUUGGUUAAAUGAAUAUACAUCAUCUCUUGGUUUGGGUGUUUAUCACUCAGGAAUAGAAAUUCAUGGGAAGGAGUAUGCUUUUGGUGGCCAUCCGUUUCCUUUUACUGGAAUAUUUGAUAUGAUGCCCAGAGACCUAGCAGAGCUUGGGGAAGGAUUUCAGUUUAAGGAAGCAAUUGUUUUAGGCUUCACAGAUUUUUCAGAAAAUGAUGUAUGCGAUAUAGUAGAGGACCUUGGAAAUAAGUUUCAAGGUCCAGCUUAUCAUUUGAUAAAAAACAACUGCAAUCACUUUACAAUGGAAUUUGCAAAGAUUCUUUGUGGUAAAGAGAUACCAAAGUGGGUAAACCGCUUAGCAUCUAUUGGGGCAAGGUUUCCUUUCCUCUGUGCCUGCAUACCUAAAGAGUGGCUUGCGCCAGAACCAGUUCCCUCAUCAGCAGAUGUUGAUCUCAUGGAAUGGGUCAAUAUAGAAGGACCUUGUGAUGAGGAAAUGUCACCUUUUACACGAGAAACCCACACACCAAAGAGAACUGUUGCAAAGUUAGCUGAAACACACCAACACACCUCAAGCUGAAGUCUCCACCUUAAAUUCAUGCCUCAACACUUAUGAAUCAAAUGACUUUUGAAAGUCAUUUGGCUCAUUUAUUAGGAAAUCAAUGGCCUUUUGUUGUUACCUCUAAUCAAUGUUGGAGUGGAAUUAGAAUAAGGUAAUUGUUCAAAAUAGUUUAAAAAUUAAUAGGGUGUUUAGUUGUAUUUACAAAAAGUUUCUCGGUCAAAAGUUGAUUUCAACAAAUUGACUUCUUAUGAAAGGCUAAAGAGGCAAAACAUCUCAUCACAAAAUCGAAACUAAAAUA